AUGCCCAAGGGAAAAGGAAAAGGUCCACAAGGGAAAAGGAUCUCCUUGAAAGCGGCCAAAAAUUCAAUGCGAGUACUUUUUAAUGGAAGGCGCCGACUUGAGCUAAGCAAAAUGGGCAUUGCUGUCUUCCCCAAGGUCCUUCUGCAGCUGGCUGAUGUGGAGGAAAUUGAUUUGAGCAGAAACAUGAUAAGAAAGAUUCCAAACAUCAUUGAGAAGUUCCAGAAUCUGAUAUGGCUGGACCUGCAUAGUAACCAGAUUGAUGAGCUGCCCCCAGAGAUAGGCACGCUUCGCAACCUUACUUUCCUGAAUUUAUGCAACAACAAGCUGACCACAAAAGGUCUGCCAGAAGAGCUGACCCAUCUCAAGAACCUGCGUACUCUCAACCUUGGCUUAAACUGUCUUGAGAGUAUUCCCACCACUCUUGGGGCCCUGAAGGAACUUAUUGAGCUAGGUCUUUUUGACAACUCCUUGACCAUCAUCCCGAAAAGUGUGAAAAAGCUCCCCAAGAUGGAGAGAAUGAAUGUAAAAAGGAACCCUUUACCAGAAUUUGCAGAGGAAGAGGAGCCAAUUGACACCAUUAAACGUUUAGAAUCGCUUUACUUAGUAGAAAAGAAAGACCUGUGCGAGUCCUGCCUGCUGACCUGCCAGGGUGAGAGGGACGAGCUGCACAAGUUAGAGAACAUGACACCCGUCCCCCCAGAGAAGCCAAAUUUCACUUCACUCACUACACCCAAUUCUACUGCAAUAGAUAACCAAGAAGAAUGGAGAAUAAAAGAAGACAAUCCUUCAAAUACACCAGAAGAAGACAAUCCUUCAAAUUCACCAAGGAACUCUACAGACCUUGAAGCUCCAUGA